GGCAUUUAAUUAAAGGAAUGUCAAAAACAUCCUGCCAAAAAACUAGGACAUUGAAAACGUAAUUCGCAGUUAUAAAGUACCUAAAUCAUGAAUAAAAUUACCAGGUUCAAGGAGAGGAGGAACUACGAACAGAGAAGUAGAGAUGUUGAAGCUAUCAGAUGUCAACAUGAUGACAAGAUACCAGUAAUAAUUGAAAGAUAUGAAAAGGAGAAAAAUUUACCACUGCUUGACAAAACCAAAUUCUUGGUACCUGAUAAUGUAAAUAUGAGUGAGCUGGUCAAAAUUAUAAGACGAAGAUUGCAGUUGAAUUCCUCUCAAGCAUUCUACCUCUUAGUUAACAACAGAACCUUGGUCAGUAAUACAACACCAAUAGCAGAUGUUUACCGGAAAGAAAAAGACGAAGAUGGAUUCUUGUAUAUUGUAUAUGCUUCACAAGAAACUUUUGGGUGAUCAGAUAACGCAAUAUUCAUAUUAAGUCAAACAAUUGUGAUAUUGUCAUAUAAGCAAGUCAGAUUUAUCAAUGCAUUUUAUGACCAUUUUAUUUUUUAAUCAUAAACUUUUUUAGCACUUUACUGGACUAUAUCUGGCAUAAUUACUUUUGAAUCUGACAACAUAUGUACAAACAUGUAUAUAUACAUGUAUACUAUUUCAGAACACUUUUUUACACAUAGUUAAUCAGAUCUGCUCCAUUUAUAUGUAGCAAAUUGUUAGAUUAUGUGUUUAAGUAUUUAACAAUUGUUCUUAUUUUUGAUGAUAAAUUUAUUUCUUGGUACUGGAAAGUAUUUCAUUCAGUAUGAGUGGAUAUGGAUUUUAAUAUUAAAUAACGAGAAUUUCAGCAGAAUCUGACCAUACAACAUUUAAUGGUUCAUCAUGACAUAAAUGACAUUGACUAUAUUGGUUUUGUGUAUCUUUGACAAAGUGAUAAUGGUUUCUUAGCCAUAAAUUAACAUAACAAAUGACUUUACAAAUGAAAAAAAUUAGAUACAAAUUAUUACAUUUAGUUUAAAUCAGAUAAAGUUCAUCAGAUACUUUUGGACGUUGUUAUGGGUAAGCCAAUGAAAGAAUGUAUAUGUGCAGAAUAGAAAGAAGGAAAGUAAAAACAAAUCAGUUUAGUAUCCAUACAACAAUUCUCAUCACCAUGUCUUUUGUGUGCCUUAUUUAUCUCUUCUUGUCUAUCUUUAGCUAUUGUUUUUGCUACAGAUUUUCUUUGCUUUCUGUUUGUCUCCCUGCUGCUUCAUCCACCAUUACAAUGUUUUACUGGUUCCUGUUUGUAACUUGCUUUCACUGCCGUAUCAAGCAAUAGAGUUGAUUAGAUUAACUUGGGAACAGUUUAUUUGAAGGAUGUAUAUACAUGGUGAAGGGGAUAUAGGAAAAACUCACUACAAUUUAGUUCAUUAUGUUUAUUCAUUUACCUUAUUUGUGGAAUGUUUCUUAUAUCAGUUGAAUGUUGGAAUGCAAUGUUAAGUAUUAAAGCUUGGUUGUACAUUGUAAAAGUAUGAAUUGGUGCUUGUUGUAUUGUUUUGUUAGAUAUAUCGGUUUUUAUUUUGCAAACCUUUAACAAAUAUAUAUUUUAGAUUUGCUAUCAGUCAACAGUGUUUGAUUUUAUAUUGAACAGUGGAAAUUAUUUCUUUUUUUGAAAGAGGGACAAAUUAUGUAAAAAUCUUUGUCUUGGGACAUUUGUUUAUGAGAAAACCAAUAGUUUAUGAGAAAACCGAUAUUAAAAAUUUGUAAAAUUUUGUUAUUUAAUUUAACAUUGAUGACAAUUGUUAUUCUCUAAAACUGAUAUUUGUAUGUGACAAAUUAGUAACAUUGGGUUUAAUUUUAAGUUUUGAUAAAUUCACUUAAAGAAAAAUUUAAAUUAUGUACUAUGAGCAUUAUUUAUUUGUUUCAAAACUUGAUUGAUAAAUCGCGUUUUAAAAUAUUGAAUGUUUAAACUGUAUUUUCGUAUUUAUGUUUUGUUUAUUAUGCUUGACAUCUUUAGUUGUUUGUGAAGGUAGAGGCAUAAAGUGUUCCAAUCAUAAAACAGAUGUUUACUUGUCCAUGUUUAAGUUUAAUAAUAUUUGAUGGAGUAAUGAAACUUAUACUGUGGAUUCUAUUAUUUUCGUGGGUUCCAAUUUGAAUAAUAAGGAAAAAUUGUACUUUAUGAAUAUUUGAUUUCGUGGUCUUGCCAAAGUCUGCAUACAAGCCUUUACAAAAUUUGCACUUUGUUGACCAUUUAAAUUCAUGGUUCACCUUUAUCCACGAAAUCCACCAAAAUUGGUAUUCAACGAAUAAUAAUGAAUCCACAGUCUGUGAAAACCAUCAACAAAUUUACUAUUCUAACUUUAUCUCAAAUUGUUGUUUCAGUUAUGCAUUAUAUUUCUGUAUUUUUCUUAUGCUUAGUAUCACCACUUUUUAAAUGUGUUAUUACUUAGAAUGCACCAUAUCCAGAAGAGAUACCUUGAUACAAUUAUUCAUCACAAUGGAUCACAUGGUUAAACUUCAAAAUUUAAUAUUAAAUCAAAUGUGAAAACCAGCUUGCGAUUGAUUACUUUUCUGGUGUGAGGUCAAAUUUUAGUAAAAAUAGACAAAUUUCAUAAAUAUUUUCAUUAAAUUAACAUAGACACAAGCAAGAAAUAAAUUCUUUAUGUGAACUGGUUUCAAAGUAAACUUGCUGUAUUCUUAUCUUUUUUGGUUGAGGGUUGGACUCUAUAUUAUUUUUUAGCAUGUGUUCAACAAAGAGUUAAGAUUUAUGCAUUUUUUUAUGUUACUGAAUUACGUGUAAUUUAUAUUUUUUUAGUUGUUUUAGUGGGCAUCAAAGAAGAUUUAGAUAGUAAAAAAUUAUGUUUGUAUUUUUGCUAGUAUUUUUAACUGUUAUACAAUACUGUUUGUAGAGUAUUGUGGAAAAUGGAGAACCCUUUUUUUUUGGUUCUUUGAAUUGUAAUAUUAGCCUUUCAAUAUCUGUCUUUCACUAGUAUUAGUACUUCUUUUAAGCAAAAAUUGACAAAAUUGUUUGUUUUUUUUUCUUAUUAUGACUGGUUUUAUUUUGAACAAAGGCCUUGCCAGGAAAAUAUUUUGCUGUGAAAUGUCUCUUUAACAGAUACUUUAUGGGAUUGAAAUACAGGGUGUUGCUUUAAUUUAAUUUGAUUAAGCACUGUGCAGAAAAUGACCAUUUUAAUCUCAAUAAACCACUAAUGACAAUAUGUUUACUAUCACUGUGAUUUCAUCAGUAAUACUUCUGUACUGAAAUUGCCAAUUACUUAUUAUAAAUUUAGCAAUUACUGCAAAUUCAGAAAUUAUUGUGUGCAUUUAUUAUUGCGAUUUUUGAAAAAUGGACAAAAAUAUGAGAUUAAUUCUUGCGAUUUCUGGAAAAUCUGCAUACAGAUAUAUGUAUCAGAUAUCAGAAUGUGAGUUCUUAUUAUUGCGAUAUUUAUCCAGUCGCAUUAUUUGCAUUUAUAAAAACCUUCCAAUAAUUUCUGAAUUUACAGUAAAUAAGCAUAAUUAGAAAAGUUUAAGAAAGUAUGAACACUUUUGAAAAUAGAAUAAUCUCAUUAUACCUACUUCUUUUUGCACAACCUUUUUUUGUGUUUUCAGAUUAAAAUAUUUAUCAAUUCUUUGUUUGACAACAGAUUAAUAAUUUAGAAUGAACAUAUUAGGGUAACCUAUAGUUGUUAACUUCUAUGUCAUUUGGUCUCUGAUGGAGAGUUGUCUCAUUGGCAGUCAUACUACAUCUUCUUAUUUUAUAUAACAAAUUGUAAGAAAAAUUAUGCAAAUAUUUUCUUGUUUCUUGUGUGAUGAAACUAUUGUCUUUUUAAUUGUUGAACAAAAAUAUAUAUAUUGUAUUAUUAUAUGAUCUUAUAUAGCACAUUAACAUGGUUGAUGUAAUAUAUAUAUUUAUUUAACAUUUAAAAUAUAGAAACUAAUUACAUUACAAGAACCUUUUAUUUUCAGGAACAUUUAAAAUUAACAGUGUCAUUGUACAAUCUGUAGAACUGAUUUCUAAAGUUUUUGUUAAUAUAAGGAUAUGUUUGUUAUUGGAAAAUCUGUUUAUCAUUUCCAUGAAAUACUUACUAUAUAAUACCCCAAAAAAGAUUUAAAGUCUAACUUUAUUCUAUCAAUAAUGUAUCAUUAUCAGGUAACAAUUACAAUCUUCCUUGAUAUUAGCAGAGUGAACAUUUUGAAACUGAUUAAUUGAUCAUAAAGUAUGGUAUUCACGAUUUUCUGUAACCCAUUUAAAAAAAUUAUGGAGGACGUAUUAAAAAUUUAGGAUACAAUUGAUGUAAAUACUGUAAAUAAAAUAAAACAUGCGAUAA